UUUUUUUUUAAAUGUAGUGAAAUCUCUGGGGAGAAACGUGGAUCUGAGGACCCUGGAGAGAAGUCCCUUCGUGCUGUCCUAGACAGCUGCAGCAUCACUCACAUCCUUUUAACCAUGCGCCUCUGAUCCUGGGGAAGACCAUCCCUUUGAGGACUCCCAAAGGGGGUAGCCAGCAUGAAAAUGGAGGAGCAAGACCCCGCACGGCAUAGACAAGGAGAGGGGUUAGAGACUGGCAGAAAGGGCCCUCACGUCUUCCAGGGAGGAAGUAUCGGAGAAGCCGUACAGAGAAUUUCAGGAGCACAGCUGGUAAAACAGGAGCCGUGUGAAGGGCUGCUUCACCACUGGGAGGCACAGUGGCAGGAGUUCCUGAAGACGGUGGAGUCCCCUCAGUCAUACUGGGCCAUCCCACAGGCACUAGAGGAACCCACCAUGCCGUGGGGCAACCCAAAAGUCUUUCUGGCCACUUUUGAGCAAGUAGCCGAAGCCUGCCAGUGGCCCAGAGAAGAAUGGGUGACCCAGCUCCUGCCAGCCCUCUGUGGAGAAGCUGAGCAAGCCUUUAACAGACUGAAAAUGAGAGACAGAGAGGAUUAUGGGAAGGUAAAGGCAGCCAUAUUGCGAGGGGAUGCCCUGAAGAGGGAGAAGCAGCGCCAACAUUUCCGGCGUUUCCGCUACCAAGAAGCUGAGGGGCCGAGAGGGACGUGCCUCCAGCUCCGGGAGCUUUGCCGUGGGUGGCUGAAAGUCGAGAGACACACCAAGGAGGAGAUCCUGGAAAUGUUGAUCCUGGAGCAAUUCUUGAGCAUUCUCCCAGCAGAGAUCCAGAGUUGGGUACGGGAACAUGGCCCGGAGACCUGCUCCCAAGCAGUGGCCUUGGCUGAGGAUUUCCUACAGAGAGACACGGAGAGAAUGGAAAAACAGGUACUAACACUGCUUGCAGAGGCGGCUGUGAGCUUCUCUGAGGCGGGCCAGGCUCCGGGUCAUUCUGGACAGAAGCAGCUGUGCUUGGAAACCAAGAAGGAAGAUGACGAGGAAACCAGCUUGCUUGCUGUGAAAGGCUACAUAAACAUCAGCUCGGAGCAAAAAUAUACCUCAGAUGGCUCAGAGCCAGGGAGACCCUAUGGAGCAGAGGAGAAUAUUUCCCCAUGGGGCAAGCAGGACAACUUCCCUGAGAAAUGGCACAGACGGGAGUUCCAGGAAGCCCAUCCAGAGAAGAGAGUACGUGAAACAGAUUCUUUUAUGGAUGGUCACGGUGUGGUCGGCGAAGCCACGGUUCAGCAAAAAAUUCAUCAUGAUUAUAGGCAGAUGAGAACCUUUGAAGAGAAUAAUGUUCAAAGGGAAAGCCUGGAGCAAAUGGGCUGGUUCGAGAUGUAUGCAGGGGGUUCAAGAGACAUUUCGCUCCUCCAUCGGGAAAGAGCCCCAAAGACUCCGUACCAGUGCACAGAGUGCGGGAAAAGCCUCAGCCGCAAAGACAACCUGACGAGACACCAGCAAAUGCAUGCGGGGAAAAAAAAGCCCCACCAGUGCCCAUCCUGUUUGAAAACAUUUCGGGAUAAGUCUCACCUUAUCCGGCACGAAAGAAUCCACACAGGAGAGAAACCCUUCAGUUGCUCUGUCUGCGGGAAGAGCUUCAGCUGCAACUCGUACCUCAUUGUUCAUGAGAGAAUCCACACAGGGGAGAAACCAUACAAGUGUGCUGUCUGUGGAAAGAGCUUCAGUUGCAAUUCCUACCUCCUCCGCCAUAAGAGAAUGCACACAGGAGACAGGCCAUACAAAUGCCCCGUCUGUGGGAAGCGGUUCACUUGCAAUUCCAACUUGAUUUUACACAAAAGGACCCACACUGGGGAGAGACCCUACAAGUGUUCCUCUUGUGCAAAGACUUUCCGCCAGAGGUCCCACCUGAUUUUCCAUGAGAGAAUCCACACCAAGGAGAAGCCAUUCAAGUGCCCAAUCUGUGGGAAGAGCUUCGGCCGUAAUGCGCAGUUGAUUCAACACAAGAGGAGCCACACGGGUGAGAAGCACUACCAGUGCCCCAUCUGCGGGAAGAAGUUCAGUUGUAUGUCGUACCUGAUCCAGCACGAACGGAUCCAUGGUCGGGACAAACCAUAUAAGUGCUUGGACUGUGGGAAGACUUUCCGGCGGAGUGCGGAGCUGUCUUCACACCGGAGAACUCACACUGGGGAGAAACCAUAUCAGUGUUUCGAAUGUGGGAAGACCUUCAGCUGGAGUGCAGGCUUGACCUCCCACCAGAGAACCCAUACUGGGGAAAAACCAUAUCGUUGCUCGACAUGUGGGAAGAGCUUCAGUCGGAAACGGCUGCUGAUCCUGCACAGUCGGUUGCACCUGGGAGAGAAACCAUUUCAGUGCUCAACGUGCGGGGAAAGCUUCAGUCUGAAUUCACAUCUUAUUAGACAUGAGAAAACCCACAUGGUGGAAGCCACAUAAACAGGCGCUGUAUCCCACUUAGAAAAAUUUCAGUCAAUUAAUUGUUCAAGCUGAUUAAUUAAAUCGGCAUCCAUUUUCAGGAGGACCAAAAAAACCAUGGGUUCCUGGUUUUUCACCCUUUGUCACACUGUCUCUGGAAGAGGCAUUCCCCCAUAUGUGAGAAAGAAGGGGCAUGCUUGUCUAAAAUGCUACCUACCAGCCAUUAGACUUGUAAAUUUCUGUGUAAAAUUUACAGCUGUGGAGUAAGAUUAGAGACCCAUAAAGACCAACAAGAUUUCCAGGGUAUAAGUUUUUGAGAGUCAAGCUCCCUUCAUCAGAUACUAGAAUCAUAGAGUCGGAAGGGGCCAUACAGACCAUCUAGUCCCCCUCAACCUCCUCUUCUCCAAACUAAACAUUGCCAAGGCCCUCAGCCUUUCCUCGUAGGGCUCAGUCUCCAGACCCCUGAUCAUCUUUGUCGCUCUUCUCUGCACUUGUAUCUAAUAAAGGGAGCUUUGACACUCAAAAGCCUAUACCCUGGAAAUUUUGUUGGUCUGUGUUACUGGACUCAAAUCUUGCUCAUCUAUUGCCUACCAACAUGGCUACCCACCUGAAACUUACAAGUUUUUCAUUGUAAAAAAUCUGCAUUCGAGCACUUACCAAGCAAAAUUUGUGUUAAAUAGCCCAAAUGGAAAAAUGCAAGUCUGUGUGCUGGAAAAUAAACUUUAUUCUUCAGAGCAUGUUUAGAUAUAUAUAAAAAAUGAUCCCAGUGUAACAGGUUCCUUCAGCUUUUCCACUAACGUGUUCACAGCAAACACUGGUUUCCUUGCCGUUUUUGUCUCCCUCGAUGCAUCUGGUGGAAUGUGUGACUUCUGUUUGCUUAAAAUUGUUUCUAGUUAAAUAAUCGUAUGGCACUUAAUUUUAUGAAACGAAGACGAUGUUUGUUCAUUUUUACACUGAAAAAUUAUGGCGGGACAGAGCAUACAUCUUGAUUUCACAGACAUUGGCCAGUCAGCACUCAGCAACCCCCAUCUGCUUCACAUUACCAGAAUUCCAUUCUCCUGACCUUGAGCCUCCAGAGAAGAUGGUGCGCAUCACGACAACAUCAUGAGUGCACUUUCCAGAGGAGGGUGGUUCCUGUUUUUAUGUAAAUCUAUACACACACGUAGUCACAGAUUAGGAAGCAGAAAACUUGUAAAGAAGAGCAGCGCCCCUUGGAAACUGUUUUCCAGAACUUCUUUCAAAUGAGAACAGAAAAGAAUCCACACUAGUUGGUGUUUCAGCUCUGGUCUUCAAUUGACACAGGCCACACAAUUCCAGCGUAGCUCUCUGAAAUCCACUGCAUAUGUUAUGUCUUGGAUUAUAGCAAUGAGUUGCCUAAUAAAUUAAUUAAAAGAGUCCUCAAUUGGGCAGCAGUUUGCUGAAAGAAAAACUAAUAGUCCUUGUGAAAGGUAAGAGUGGCAGGCUCUCUCUUUGGACAUGCAUUCCCUUUUUUCUUGCACAGGGAGAUGCCUCUUCUAAGAAGAUGCCUUCUCAUGACCCACUGAUGCAACACAAAGAGCAAAUGCAUUUCCCCCCCCCUUGAGUUUUCUUUAUUUGAACACAGAUGUAUGCAGUUUAAAUUAAUUUAUGAACUUGCAAUCUUAAGAAAGGGAAGCCAGGGUCUUGUAAGGAUGUAACCGUGCUUGGAAUUCCUCUCCAAAACCCCUAUGAUAAAUUCAUGAAGGUGACUUUAAUUGGGCCUAAGUGUGUCUUAUCAUGGGUGAACAGUAAAUGCUGGUUUAGAUCCUGCAAGAGACCCUCAAAUCCCACUGUAACUUAGCAAGAUAAAAAUAGAAACCAAAAAAUGGGAGGAAAUUUCUUUUUUAAACUGGAGCUGAAACUGUGGUUGUUGUGGAUUUUCCGGGCUGUAUCGCCGUGAUUGUAGUUCCUGACGUUUCGCCAGCAGCUCUGACUGGCAUUUUCAGAGGCAUAGCACCAAAAGACUGAUCUCUCAGUGUCACAGUGUGGAGAUGUUGGCAGGUAUUUUAUAUCUACUCAGGAAGGUGGGUUUGGGCUGAGUCAUCCUGUAAGAGUUUCCCAGGGUGUGGAAUGCUAAUGAAGGGAGGCUUCACUGUAUCCUGAGGAGGUUCUUUUGCAAAUGGAUUGGUGCUUGAUAUGCUGAUCUUCUCUGCAGGGCUAUUGUAGGGUGUAGAGUAUUUUGUUAGCCUGGUGUUUUUCAGGACUGGAAACCAUGCUCUGCUUCUGUCUGGAAGUAUGGCUGGUAAACACAUGUUCCAUCUUUCUGUAGGUGAGAUUAUCGAUCUUGUCCCAAUCAUGUCCUGAAAAACACCAGGCUAACAUCGUUCUCUGGCCGUGAAUGUCUUCGACAAUAUAUGGAGCUGAAACUGUUCAAAACAAGGACUCAGGGAGAAACCAAUCUAAUCAAACAUGGACAUAUUUUUUUUGGUUCAAUUCCUUGAUCCAAACUCAAGACACAUUAGAUUAAUUUCAGAUAAGUAGCCUUGUUGGUCUGUCGUAGAAUACCAAGAUUUGAGUCCAAUGGCUCCUUAAGAGUGUAAGCCUUCGAGAGUCAAAGCUCCUUUCGUUAGACACCCUGGAAAUCUUCUUCGGUGCUGCUGGGCUCAAAUCUUGCACUUCAGAUUAAUUACUAAGAUUUGGAUUAAUUAAAAAUGUCUCUCCUAUGAACUGGGCAGUAGAAUUUAAAAAAAAUGUUUUUAGUGUAAGAAUAUGUAGACUGCUCCUCCUAAGAAGAGGCAUUCCUCCUUUUCCCAAAAAGGAGGGGGUCCCUCACUGUGUGCAUUCCCUAGUGAUUGUGUUUGUUGGAGCUGAGAGUAUCCGUCAUCUGAUAAUUAUGAAGUAACGAUUCUUACUGCAUUAUUACGGACAAAUGGAAUAUGGUUUGUUGUGGGUAGAGGGAAGCUUUGGAUCUGGUGCAUUUCUCAUUGGGGUCAGUGAAUGUCCCAUUUAGUUAAUGGAAGACUGUUACAUUUAAUUAUCUUAAAUAAUAAAUAUUGUUUGUAUGACCUAAUAAAAGCCUGUUUGGAUUCAGAUGUGGAAUCUGUCCCAAGUAGCUUCAUGGUCCAGGGUUUGCAAAAGAUGGUUUGAAAUUUUUGAUCCUCUGAUAUGACUAAAUCUGGAU